AUUUUACACCGACGCACAACCAUAUAAAAGUCUCUAUUAUUUAAAAACUUCGCAUUUCAAAACAUUGCAAAUUUUAGCUUAAUUACGCCAAAACUUUUUGAAAAUUCAUCUUAUACAAUUUUUCAAGAAUGGCAAUGCUCAUCUUAAUAUCAGAGAAGAAAAGAGUUAAUUUUUAUUCAACAAAGUGAAAGUAGCAUUUUCUAUGAAAUUAGGGAAAACGUUCAAUUCUCAAUAAAAGUGCAACUAUGUUAGAUGAUUUGAAAGAGAAUUUCUAAUUAACUAAAAAUAUAUUAGAAUAAGAGUAUUUUAAAUAAUAUCCUGCAAAAUUUAAGAUUUUGAACCUUGAGAUUUUGUAUUAUUAUUUUUAAAGCAUACAUUAUAAUUUCAAGUAAAUGUAGACAAAAUGGAAUAUAACUGAGCGUUAAAUUAAUUAAUAAACAAAAAUAUGAAUUGGUGAAAUUUCAACAAAAAAAUGAAUUUUUUUCCACAUGGUCACUCUUCAUAUAAUAAAUUAAAUUCAGUUUCAUGUUGCGCUAAGGAAUCAGAUACACCUCAGCAAUAUUCCUACUCUAUACCCCCACGUAUGCCCAGUAACUUUAAUAAAGUAUCAUCAACGAAUGACAUGCAAUAUCAAACCGAUUAUGGAUGUAACUAUAGUUACCAAGCAAUAUAUCGAUCUAACUAUAGCGUACCGCAGUUGGGAAGAAGUACAUACACCAGUUGUGAAGCUAAUCGUGGUUCAACAUAUAUUCCUACAGUAUUUGAUAGACCACCUCCCCCUAUUCAUUGCCUACCAGGCGAUUUUUCUCAACCCCCGCCACCAUCUGGACAUGCGUCAUACCCUGGUUCUUUAGGUUUUGUUCCCCCAUUUCCACCCCCUUCAAUUGAAGUAGCAGAAAUUAUUCCAAAUAUGAGUACUUUAGCGUGUGAGAAUUUCAUUCCCAUUGCAAAAAAAAGUGAAAAGGAAAUCAGUUGGAAUCCGUCUUUAACUGGAUCUUCAGCGCGAAAAAUUUGCCAGCAAAGCGCUCGCGUACAAUCAAAAGAUCGAAAAAGUUUACUUCACGUCAAUUCACGGCGUAACAAAAAUGAAAAGGAAGAAGAAAGUGAAAGAGAACGAUUGUUAAAAAGUUGGAGAAGUCAAUAUUGUGCAACUUCAGAGUGUUUAUCAAAAAAAUUAAUUGAGCUUUCGAGUGAAGAUUGUGAUAAAGAGGUUUGGAUUCGAUCUUCUCCUGCUGAAAUAUAUUAUAAAAAAAAUACUAAUGAAGUCGAGUCGACACCAAAAUGUGAUAUUUUAUGUCAACUUUUUGAAAAUGAGUUAGUCGAUAGAACACAACGAAUUCGGUCAACUUUGGAACCAUAUAGCCCACCACCUCGAAAACGAGUUCACAAAGUAUGCAAACAUAAAUCGGAAAAAUGCUCAUCGGAAUCGUCUGAUGAAGAUUUUGAACCAGAAGAGGAUUGCUCGAUGGAGGAGCUGUCACGAAAAAUCCAACAUAAGUAUCGCUUGCACCGUGAUUUAUGGCAUAAUGAGCCAGGAGAGAUGAAUGACGGACCAUUAUGUCGUUGCUCAGCUAAAUCUCGCAAGGUUGGUAUAAGGCAUGGAAUAUAUCCGGGAGAAACAGGGUUCCCAAAAUGCAAACUUAACUCCAAUAAUGCCAGUAAAUUGCAUCAUUAUCGAAUAACUAUUUCACCCCCUACAAAUUUUCUAAGUAAAACUCCAACUAUAAUAAAACAUGAUCAACAUGAAUUUUUAUUUGAAGGAUUUUCGCUUCUAUCGCACGCUCCCAUAGGUGAGUUGCCUGUAUGCAAAGUUAUUCGUUUUAAUAUCGAAUACACGAUUUUAUAUAUCGAAGAAAAAAUACCUGAUAAUUUUACUAUAAGAGAACUUGAUUCAUUCUUUCAGUAUCUUUUUCAUGAGCUCCUCGAACUUGUAGAUUUUAAUUUGAAGCCUUCCAAAAAUUCAGAAGAAAGUUGUUCAAUGUAUCAUUUUAUUCCACGUUUUGUUCGUGAUUUGGAAGAUAAUGGAAAGGAGGUAUUGUCAAUGAUUGAAGUUUUGCGUUAUUUGUUAGAUUCCUCAAGACCAUUAGUAGAUUUAAGCCAUUUGCAACGUAUGAAUAGCAUUCCCCAACAUGAGUGGCAAGAUUAUGUAGAUUAUGUUAAAGGAAUGGUGGUCACCAAUCCAACUAAGAGGCCAUCCUCUGUUCGAGUUGAUCAACUGGACAGAAAUGUAUCUGAUUUACCAGAAACUGAUGAAAUAAAAGAAGUAAAUGGGCUAUUCCACCCAGCCAUUGUCCACUUUGGGAUAAGACCACCUCAAUUAAGUUAUGCUGGCAAUCCAGAAUAUCAAAAAGCUUGGAGGGAAUAUGUUAAAUAUCGGCAUUUGAUAGCAAAUAUGUCAAAACCCUCUUAUGAAGACAAAAGAAAACUAGAAUUAAAGGAACAUAAAUUGCAAGAAAUGCGUACUCAAGGUCGAAUGAUGCGCAACAUAACUGUUGCUGUAAGUUCAAAAGGAUUUUAUCGUACUGGAAUUAUGUGCGAUAUAGUACAACAUGCGAUGCUUAUUCCAGUUUUGACUGGACAUCUUCGGUUUCAUCAAUCAUUGAAUUUACUUGAAAAUGCUAUAGAAUAUAAAUUUAACAAUCGAUAUCUUUUACAAUUAGCAUUAACCCAUCCAUCAUUUAAAGAAAUUUUUGGAACAAAUCCUGAUCACGCUCGAAAUAGUUUAACAAAUUGUGGCAUAAGACAACCAGAGUAUGGCGAUCGUAAGAUUCAUUAUAUGAACACCAGAAAAAGAGGUAUAAAUACAUUAAUUAACAUAAUGUCACGAUUUGGCAAAGAAUGUGAGACUGAUAGCAACAUCACACAUAAUGAACGUCUUGAAUUUUUGGGUGACGCAGUGGUUGAAUUUUUAAGCUCUAUACAUUUAUUUUUUAUGUUUCCUGACUUAGAAGAAGGUGGACUAGCUACAUACAGAGCUGCUAUAGUUCAAAAUCAACAUUUGGCUGUAUUAGCAAAGAAAUUGCAUUUAGAAGAAUAUAUGCUAUACGCCCAUGGCUCUGAUUUGUGUCAUGAAUUGGAGUUAAGACAUGCCAUGGCAAAUUGUUUUGAGGCGCUAAUGGGCGCUCUUUUAUUAGAUGGAGGAAUAACAGUUGCUGAUCAAGUUUUUUCGAACGCAUUAUAUAAAGGUGAUCCUCUUAAAGAUAUUUGGGAAAAUUAUCCACCACAUCCUUUACAACAACAGGAACCGUUAGGGGAUAGACAUUGGAUACAAUCUUCUCAAUUACUUAAGGAUUUAACCCAGUUUGAAGAAUCCAUUGGCAUUCGAUUUAAAAAUAUCAGAUUACUUGCCAGAGCAUUUACUGACAGGAGUAUUGGAUUUACUCUACUUACACUUGGUUCAAAUCAACGACUAGAAUUUCUUGGUGAUACGGUUUUGCAAUUAAUAUGUUCAGAAUAUUUAUACAGACACUUUCCGGAACAUCAUGAAGGACAUCUAUCUCUACUUCGGUCAUCUUUGGUCAAUAACCGAACCCAAGCCGUAGUGUGUGAUGAUUUGGGUAUGACAAAGUAUGCAGUUUAUUCCAAUCCUAAGGCAGAUUUAAAAACUAAAGAUCGAGCUGAUUUGCUUGAAGCUUUUUUAGGUGCUUUAUAUGUAGAUAAAGGAUUAGAAUACUGUGAAAUAUUUUGUCAAGUUUGUUUAUUUCCUCGUUUACAAGUUUUCAUUAUGAAUCAAGAUUGGAAUGAUCCGAAGUCAAAGCUACAGCAGUGUUGCUUAACUUUACGUACCAUGGACGGUGGCGAACCAGAUAUUCCUAUCUAUAAAGUUAUAGACAGUAUUGGACCCACAAAUACUCGAAUUUACACGGUGGCUGUUUAUUUUCGUGGGAAAAGAUUGGCAAAAGCCACAGGCCAUAGUAUACAGCAAGCUGAAAUGAAUGCAGCUAAAACAGCUUUAGAAAAUUCCAGAGAACUUUUUCCCCAACUAGACCAUCAAAAGCGGGUUAUUACCAAAAGCAUCAAUCGACAAAAGGGAAAAUUCAGCAAUGAAGAAGUCACUGGAGAAAUGAAACUUGAAGAAAAUGAACUUAAAAGAGGAAGUUAUUUCCCUGUGGAUGAUUCACACUUACCCAAACAAUAUCGCAUGCAAGAAGAUAUAUCAAGCGAUGAACUUGAGAUAUCAGAUGAAGAAACAUUAAUAGAAAAUAAAUUGAAAAAAAAACCGAGAAAACGAAAAAAAAAAAAGCGAAAGCAAGCAACGACACCUGAAAAAAGUUUUGCAAAAAUGCAUUUUACCACUUUUUCAGAUAUCAAAGAAAAUGUAGCUAAAUCAUCUAAAAAUCGAUCAAAUUUGAAGCAGAAACUCGCUUAUCAUUCUAUUUCUUAUGAAAAUAUUUUUGAAGUUUUAAAUGAUUCUCUGGAAAAUAUAUCUUCUUCAACUGAGAUGGAAUCUGGUGAAAUAACUUCUUGACUUUAGAUGGUCCCUCUAAAUCCGAAAUUUAUUUUAUACAUUUCUGCCUAUUUUUAAAUUCAUGUUAUACUUAAAUUGCAUUCUUUAAAAUUUAAAUACAUAUAAUUUCAGUAAACUAUGUAUGUAUGUAACCAUAUAAAUACAUAAUAUUCUAAUUUUACGUGCAA